AUGUGGGUAUUUGGCUACGGUUCCAUCGUCUGGAAGACUGAAUUUCCUGCAGAGGACACGGUGUUUGGUUACGUUGAAGGCUGGCAUCGUCGCUUCUGGCAGGGUAGUCCAGACCAUCGUGGCUCGCCCGAGGCAAAAGGUCGCGUUGUCACACUCAUUAGCCGCGAGGAGAUGAAGAAAUUUGACGACGAGUUUGCACACUUGGCGGGUGACCACAUCACAUGGGGUCGUUUAUAUAAAGUACCAGACGAGGAUGUUCAGGAUACGCUUACUAAGCUUGACAACCGUGAACAGGCCGGCUAUGACCGCCAACUAGUGGAUGUACACUGCGUUGAUGGUGUGCUGCGCAAGGCGCUGGUAUACAUUGCCACGCCUACAAACUCGGACUUUCUAGGCCCAUCACCCGUAGACGAGAUGGCCAAGGAGAUUGCCACUCGACGUGGCUUUAGUGGCCCGAACUUUGAGUACCUCUUUAAGCUUUGCGACUGUAUGCGUACAUUGCAGGUUCGUGAUCCCCACCUCAUCGCACUGGAGAAAGCCACGCUUAAAUACACGUCCAUGAUCAAUUGGAGCACUAGUGGCAAUGGAUGUGGCGUUCAGUAA